CACUGACGUUUCGUAUUGUAACCAAAGAUUGUUGUUGUGAAACACCGAAAACGGACCGGAGAAAAUGUCCUUUCCCGAUAAAGAGGCUCGUGAAAAAUGUUGGAAAGCUCGAGACGACUACUGGUCCUGCCUGGAUAAAUACGCACCAGACUACCAAUGCACAUCGCAAGCGCCGGAACCGAAAGAAUGCAUCCAGUUACGAAAGUUGUACCAGCAAUCUUGCCCUGCCCAGUGGGUGAAGCAUUUCGAUCGGAAACGGACCUACGACCAGUUCAAGCAAAAAAUGGCUAAAGGUUAUGAACCGCUGAACGAAACAAAAUAGUUACGCCCAAGUAGUGGAAGCACUUGUAUCAUAUAGACAUUUCGAGUAAGGCGCUUCGUAUCUUUCACUCAAGUUCAACAACUAAUGUUAGGGGGACGCAUUGAAUUAGUGGAUGUGUAGAAAAUAAAACAAUCAUGUAUUUGUUUGUUACCACGUAAA